AUGACGUCGAAGGCCGGUGGUCCAUUGAGUCUGCUCCCCACGCCCGGUGGGACGGGCAAAGAUGGCGAUGACCCAUUUGUCGAGUUUGCUUCCCACAUGACGCUCGUGCACAAUAUCAUUAUUCGCGGUUACAACAGCAUGUACCUCCAAGCGCCGAAACUGAAACCCGCAGAUGUCCCGGACUUCCUGCGGUACUGUCACGCAUGGUACUUGUUUGUGGAUGGCCAUCAUGAGAGCGAGGAGAAGGUGUUAUUCCCCAAAAUCGAAGAGGAUACAGGGGUCAAAGGGAUUAUGGAUGGGGAUACGAAAGAGCAUGCUGCUUUUCACAAUGGUCUCGAGGAAAUGAACACAUACGCUGAGACUUGCAUCGCUACACCAUCGAAAUACAACGGCGCGGAGUUGGUCAGAAUCUUUGAUUCUUUCGCGGACGCAUUCCACAGCCAUCUGGCCAGUGAACCGUUGAAGCUGCUUUCGCUGCAAAAGUAUAAAUUCGAUAUGAAGACGCUGGGCGAUCACACGACGCAGUAUGCGCUCCAACGAUAUUCCACCACGGACGUUCUCCCCAUUCUAUGGUAUAAUCUCGACACCAAGUUCGAGGGCGGGAAGUGGGAAACCUUCCCGCCGUUACCAGCUCCCGUCAAAUGGAGCAUGGUUAAUAUCCUGGGCUGGUGGAGAAGCAAUUGGUGGCGUUUUAGCAGCUGUGGUGCCAACCUGGCACUGAGAGACGAGUUGCUGUGUUUGCGAGAAGAUUACUGA